CUCUUUAUGGCUGAAACCGCUGCUCUUUGAUGACGAGAUCCUUGCUCGGGCUCGCUGAUCACGAGAUCUUGCUUGUCUGUCCUCCAUAGAUAAAGGACGCUUGAUCUGUCUCACCAUGUCAGAAGCAACCGACUUGCUGUUCUACCUCAACUUCAAAGACACCCGAGCCUUCCUCUUGCUGCUGGAGAACGAGCUCGAGCACUUCAUUCUGAAUGAGCAGGCACGUAACGGCGCCAAGGGCGGUGAUUCGGCAACCACACCAGCACUCCGCUUCCCUGCCCUCAAGCGGCGAUAUGGCGAGCUGCUGAAGCUGAUGGCCGACAGGUUUCAGCUGACCGUCGAAACGCAUGGCUACGGCGACGAGCGCAACUACGUGGUAAUCUACAACAGUGCCAAGUCCAGCAUCCCCUCACUCUCGCUGGCGGACUUCAUCCCGCAUACACGUGAUCUCACCGAGCGGAUUGGUAUGACCACCUCGAGGCCGCCAAACACAGCUGCUGCAGAGGGUGCUGAGGGGCCAGAUGAGGGACGAAACGAGGCGCAGAGUGAUGUUGGAGGCGACGAGGAGGCAGCCAGCAGGAAUGUGAAGGAGAUAGAGGUGCCUGCCAGGGACGGGCUGGUGAGGAAGGGUCGAGGUUUCCACAGCUCCCGUGACGACACUCCUCAAGAGAUGGGCCUGGAGGAGCUGCCUCUGAGAAACGACUACGAACCUUAUGCGUUCAAGCCCGAUGAGCCCCUUCCUCCCUACAGACGGUGAGUGCUCACGUGAGCACAGACACAUCAUGGGAUGGGGAUGGUUCGUCGUGAAUGAAUGUUGGAUGUGUGUGUGGAUGCAGGACGUAUGCUGAGUUGUCAUCCGCUCGCCCAUCCUCUGGCUCGUCGGCGCGGUCCGCCGCCACCACCAGGCAGUGGGACGUGAGCGAGCACUCCACACUGGGCAGCGCACUUGUGUCCUUCAAGUAAACCACCAACCAACACAGGCAGGCCCACCAUGCUGCAUACAAAGAUUGACUGAUUGACCGACUGGCUGGGCUGCUGUGUGUGUGUGUAUGUUGAUCGAUCCCGAUCAGGGUCGACAGUGUGGUCGGCAGCUGCUUCCGAGUGGCCCUCAUUCCCCACCUGGCUACCUUCAAGAAGCUGAUCAGCAGCGGCCCAUCCCUCGCCGGCCCCACGAGCACGGCAGCUGACGAAACUGAUCCACUCGUCUUCACCUUUCGCUGCGGCACAUCUGAGACCGAGAGCCUCCUAUGUUGGGAAGUUACAUGGCGGCGCCUGCUGGGCGACAACGAGCCUCAAGAGGAGCUGCGGACUAUCCAUGCGAAAGAACCACCCUCUCGGGCCUUGUUGUGGAUUGCUCACUUCAGCACUCAACGACAGCAGACAGAGAAGCAGAGGCACGUCAUGCUCGGCUCUGGGGGCUUCCCUGAGGGUGUCAUCUUGUCAAUGGCUCUCCCAGACGAGAAACGGAAUGCCUUCACUCAUUACGCGAUGGGCGCGGGUGACGGUGUGGGUGCUGGGGAGGUCGUGGUGAGGGAUGUGCGCCGCCAUGGCGGUCUGGUGGGUGACCUGCCCCUCGCAUCGCGCCAUCACAUCGUGGAGCUGCAGUGGUCUCCGUCGGCCCUUCCGUCGUCGCCAUCGGACAAACCUAUCGCUGCCGUGGACUUCAUGCUGACAGAUGUGGGUGGUGGUUCUGGACUAACAACACGGAGUUCAUGGCCAUCAGUGACAGCCGGAGCCCCCUCGUCUCUCCCGGAGGCCCUCAUCGGUCGGCUACAGCCUCACGUCAGGUGGACGGUUUGCACUGUGGAGGAAAACACUGCCCUCCUCGUGUGUGUCGAUACGGAGGCGGCCAAAAACGUGCUGGCUACAUUCCGCGAGACGGCUGAUGGCUCCGCUGAAGCGCCGAUGUGUUACUGCCGCGCCACAUCGACGUGCCUCGUCUCUGGCAGUGAUGGAGGAAAGGACCAGCCGCACACGAGUGGCGUGUGGACGGUGGCCACCACUGGCACCGCUCGGCUUAUGGAGGUGCUGCGGGGGAUGCGUGAGGAGACGGUGAGAUGUAUCGGCCUGCAUGACGUCAUCGCGACAGAGACAAGGCGGGCGACGAUACGUGUUGCGUCGAGAAACGCUCAUCGCCUGACCAUUGCCUCGCUGGGAGGGCGGGGGAAGUGAGUGAGAAGAGGGCGGCAAAUAUGUGUGUGUGUCCUGUCGGCGGUGUACCUUUAGGCAGCUGCUGCAUUGACUCUGCCGGUCUGUGCGGUGCAUGAGUGCGUUGCGUGGUCGCGGGAUGGUCCUGUUGUAUCACCAUGAAACACCAUGGACUGUCGGUAAAUCAUGUUGAGGGAAAGGCCGAAAGAGCAAUACAUGUCUUACAUACGUACGUAU